CGCCUGCGCGGGCUUUUUGAGGGCGCGCAUGCGCGCGCGGAAGGAGACGAUGUCGGGCCGCCCCGCGGCUCCAGUGCCCCCGCACCCCCCCGUGGGCCGCGGCGCCUUCCGCGAGGUCUACGAGCCGGACGACGACACCUACCUGCUGCUAGACGCUCUGGACCGGGCCGCCCUCGACCUCGCCGGGGUGGAGGUCUGCCUCGAGGUGGGAUCCGGCUCCGGCGUGGUGUCGGCCUUCUUGGCUUCGGUCAUCGGCCCGGGGGCCCUGUACCUGUGCACCGACCUCAACCCCCAGGCGGCCGCCUGCACCCUGGAGACCGCCGCCCGCAACCGGGUCCUCGUCCAGCCCGUCGUCACGGACCUGGUGCGGGGCCUGCUGCCCCGGCUGCGGGGGGCCGUGGACCUCCUGGUGUUCAACCCGCCGUACGUGCCCACUCCGUCCCACGAGGUGGGAAGCCCCGGCGUCGCCUCCGCCUGGGCGGGUGGCCGACGCGGACGGGAGGUCACGGACAGACUGCUGCCCGCGGCGGCGGAGCUCCUGUCGGCCGGCGGCCUCUUCUUCCUGGUGACCGUCCGGGAGAACGACCCAGAGGACAUCCUGGCGGCGAUGGAGGCGGCGGGCCUGCCGGGCUCGGUGGCGCUGACCCGGCGGGCGGGAGGAGAGAGCCUGUCGGUGCUGCGCUUCCGCCGACCGCGGCGCUGACGGCGGGACGUCCCCGGAGCCUCCCGGGCCAAGGGCGGCGGGGAGGGCGGGCCGGGGCUUCUCGGGUUUGGGGAAAUAAACGACGACGACGAC